CUGAUUGGCUGGCGGCGGCGGCGCCCGUAGCGGUGGCUCCUUCUCGCUUCCCCCCGCUGCUCCCGGCCCGCGCCGCCCCCCCCUUCCUCCUCCUCCGCCUCCUCCUCCCGCCGCCGCCCCGCCCGCAGCGCGCGGCCCCGCCGCCAGCCGCCAAGAUGGCGUCGGCCCUGGAGCAGUUCGUCAACAGCGUCCGGCAGCUCUCGGCCCAAGGGCAAAUGACCCAGCUUUGUGAACUGAUCAAUAAAAGCGGAGAACUGCUAGCAAAAAAUCUUUCCCAUCUGGAUACAGUGCUUGGUGCCCUGGAUGUGCAGGAACACUCGUUAGGUGUUCUUGCUGUCUUGUUUGUGAAGUUUUCUAUGCCCAGCAUCCCUGACUUCGAAACGUUAUUCUCACAGGUGCAGCUCUUUAUCAGCACUUGUAAUGGAGAACACAUUAGAUACGCAACAGACACUUUUGCUGGCCUGUGCCACCAGUUAACAAAUGCCCUUGUGGAGAGAAAACAGCCCCUGCGAGGAAUUAGCAUUCUCAGACAAGCCAUAGACAAGAUGCAGAUGAACACAAACCAGCUGACCUCAAUACACGCAGAUCUCUGCCAGCUCUGUUUGUUAGCAAAAUGCUUUAAACCUGCCCUCCCGUAUCUAGAUGUGGACAUGAUGGAUAUUUGUAAAGAGAAUGGGGCAUAUGAUGCGAAGCACUUUUUAUGUUACUACUACUAUGGUGGGAUGAUAUACACUGGGCUAAAGAACUUUGAAAGAGCACUCUACUUUUAUGAACAGGCAAUAACUACUCCAGCCAUGGCAGUCAGUCAUAUUAUGUUGGAAUCAUAUAAAAAGUAUAUCCUAGUUUCUUUGAUACUACUUGGCAAAGUUCAGCAGCUACCAAAAUACACUUCCCAGAUAGUUGGCCGAUUCAUUAAGCCCCUUAGCAAUGCUUACCAUGAAUUGGCACAAGUUUAUUCAACCAAUAAACCCUCGGAGCUUCGAAAUCUGGUGAACAAACACAGUGAAACAUUCACAAGGGAUAACAAUAUGGGGCUGGUUAAGCAAUGCUUGUCAUCUCUCUACAAAAAGAAUAUUCAGAGGCUAACCAAGACAUUUUUAACAUUGUCAUUACAAGACAUGGCAAGUCGAGUGCAGUUGUCGGGGCCACAAGAAGCAGAAAAAUAUGUCCUCCACAUGAUAGAAGAUGGUGAAAUCUUUGCAAGUAUUAAUCAGAAAGAUGGUAUGGUCUGUUUCCAUGAUAAUCCUGAAAAAUAUAACAAUCCAGCGAUGCUUCAUAACAUUGAUCAGGAGAUGCUGAAAUGUAUAGAGUUGGAUGAACGACUGAAAGCCAUGGAUCAAGAGAUCACUGUGAACCCUCAGUUUGUGCAGAAGAGUAUGGGCUCUCAAGAAGAUGACUCAGGGACCAAACCAUCCAGUUAUUCCUGAAAUUCAUGUUGCUCACCACUCCGCUUUCAAGUAAAAGCUUAUGAAAGAAUCACGCCUGGAAUAGGGCAUUGAGGAGUUCCACGAAGAGAGCAGAAAGAACUGAGCUUUGCUUUUCCACCCGGACAUUAAAAAAAUAAAAGAACACCCUCUCAGUACUGUACAAUAUCAGAAAUAUUCUCUGCAAAGAAAAAGGAAAUCUCAAAAGAAACUUAAAAGUCUGUUUUGGAUUUAUUUAUCUUCAGAUUAACAUCGUUAAUGCAUUAAAUAAUCUACCUUUUGUUUUAAAGGGUUUGAAUGUUGCUGUGUUUCUGUAGCAGUCCUUUUUUCUCUUCUGAAAAGAAAACAAGUGUUAUUCAGGGAAGAAUACAAACUAGUGUUGAUUCACUUACAAGAUAAUUAAUUCCUGGUUCAUUAUUCUGUAUUUGAAGUUGGCUCGAAGUGCAGAUUUAUCAUGUGUGUGGUGGGGGAGAGGGGUGGAGUUUAAAUAACUUCUUUACAUUAGAGUUUACAUGUGGCCAGUGUUGCUGGCUGCUCUCUCUGAAAUGAAAUAGGAACUGUGUUCUUCCCAAAAGGAUGAGCUAAUUAAGGAGUCCUUGUAAGGCAGUUUUGCUGAAAAGCAGAAGUGACUAGAGGGAAUCCUUAUGUGACAGCUAUUUAUGUUUUUAAGUUACUGGUACAAAAUAUCUUCUAAUUACAUUUGCUCUUAGAUCAAACUUAUUAGACCUAAACGAACGGAUAUUUGAAAGAUCUUGGUGUUCUGGAAGAUUCUAGAUAUGAAGUUGUUCACACCAAAAGAAAUUUAAAUUGUCGUUCUUAUACAAUUGGCAUGCAGGUAUUCAACAGGCUGAUACUUUUCUGUGGUGGAAAUGAGUGAAGACCAUGCUAUAGAUCUUUGUUUCCAGAGAAAAUAAUUCUAUAUGGAACACAGAAUUCUAUACAGCUCUCAAUAUGCAGGAUUUUAUUUGGAGACGACAUGCUUCAAUGCUAUCUGGUUUUCAAUUCACUACUUUAAACAUAAGAACUUUGUUGUUGGGUUUAAGUGCUUCACCCCUUAAAUCAAUGGGCUAUUUGAUUUUUUUUGUAGCUCUCGCGUAUCUGAAGAUUCUCACUGUCCAAACACCUUAGAAACACUUUGUCUGUACAAAUCUCCUACAACCAGGCAUAAAUAAACCUGUCAGCAAGUCAGAAUGCGAGAA